UUACGAUAUAGCCAAUUUUGACUUUGCCGCUGGCCAUCUACUAGCUAGUGGAUACCCAUACCAAAGAUUUGUUAUAUCUGUUCCGAUACCGGCCAAUCCAAAAUGGCUACCGCCGUUCCAGUUGAUUCGGGAUUGACUGCUCCGACAGACAUUAGGACUCUGUUCUGGAGGAGAGCCUUGCAGAGAGGGUCCAGUGCGUCUCGGAAAAUGGCAUCUCCAGAGAUGCCUGGAUCCAGUCAGAGUAUGAAGAAGACCAUUGGACACAGAGGAGUUGAGACGAACACUGGAGAGACCACCUAUAAGAAGACCACGUCGUCAGCCCUGAAAGGAGCAAUUCAGCUGGGCAUCACUCACACUGUGGGCAGCCUGAGUCAGAAGGCUGAGAGGGAUGUUCUCAUGCAGGACUUUGUGGUGGUCGAGAGCAUCUUCUUCCCCAGGUUUCCGGUGCUGUCUCCUCUGACUCAGUUCCUCUCCCUGCCCAGACUGUGUCCUCACCAGUCUCACCUCCACACCAUCUCUGGUCUGUCUGGUCUGUCUGGCCCCCGACACGGCUACUGCUGCUCCCGCUGUGCCCAGAAGAAAUGGCCYCCCAUCCUCCUCGGCCCCCUCAAACCCCCACAGUCCCUCCUGUUAUCCCCUCUGGACCUCCAGUCCCUCCAGAAGACCCCUCUCCUGCCCCCUGUGGACACACACCACUCCACCACUAAGAUCUCCCAGACCCCCAGGGCUGGGUCAGGGUUACUCCCUGAGGGGAAGUGGAGGAUGCUUGGGGAGGUGACCCGGUCUGUUGGGAGGUUUCAGGUGGCUCAGAUUCAGGAGCAGAGGCCUGGUUCCAUGGAGAUGACGCUCCGACCAGAGUUUAGUGACUCAGACUCAGUGGAAGACGCAUCUCUGCUGGGGGGGAACAAGUCAUCCUCGUCUUCAUCCUCAUCAGCUGCCAGGGGUACACAGGAGGUGCCGGUGACUUCCUUUUCUCUUGCUGAUUCUCUCGUCUUUCAUUUUAUUUUCACCACCUCUCUUCUUCUUCUCUCCAGUCCACUGAACAUGCUGAUUCUUGGAGUUAACAGCUAA